UAAAUAUGCAGAUGGUGCUAAUCAGCAAAGAGAAUCCUCUAGCUUAGGCCUAACUGGCCAAAGAUCUUUUGCUUCUCCAACACCAUAUGAGGAAAGUGAAAAAAAGACUUUUGUUCCUUUUGCACCAUUUCUUAGUGGCUCUGCUCAUAUCUUUCCAUCAUUUGAGACCAAUAAGCUUGAGGAUAAUCGUAAGAAGAGAGUGAAUUCUAAUAAUUUUCCAUCAAGUGGUGUGGGUAAAUUCAGUUCUGCUUCAAACAGCAGAGUACAUUCUGGAUUUGAUUGUUUGCCUGCCUUAGGGUCCAAGCGAAGAAGUAACAGUUUAGAAUCUGAUUCGGUUUCCAGCGGCAGUUGCUCCAGCAGUUCUCGUCCAACUUCACCCAUUUUUGAAGGGGAAGUGGGUAAAGCACAGCUACAGGGGAACAAAGUUAAACGCAUAAUUGUCCCACCUAAAACUUGGUCAAAAUUACAAGAUGGAACCUGGAAAGUACAGGCUGUUAGUGAUAAGAAAGAUGGGUCCGUAAUUGUUUUUAAGUCAAAAAGUGACUCUUGCAAAGACGUGCAACUAAUCCCUGCUAAGCCAUCUAUUAUUGGGAACACUUGUGACAUUUUAAAAUCAGAAAAUUUAACUGCAGAUGGCAGUUUUGAAAUAACUCCUAUUGGUUAUUUACCAGAUAUUUUAAAGAGUGUUUUAGCUCAAUCAUCUUCCAAUGUCAACAGUGAAUCUAUCAAGUCACACAUUGAUGCUAUAAACAAACAUUUGUUGGCAAUAAAUAAGACUCUCGGGGUCAGAAACGCAGUGCCACUAGCAUUAGUAAAUUUAAGUUCCAAUUUCAAAGACACUAGCCAUUCUGUUUCAUGCACUGAGCUACAGAUCACAGGCCAUGAAAGAUUCAAUAAUGAAAAUACAGUAUUAAGCCCUAUUGCUUCAUCUGAAUCAUCCCCAGUCUCUGGUUUGUGUGACAUUAAUGACCUGGAUUUGUAUAAUGAGACUGGAUCAAGGGGUGCUGUAGAGCUGGAUGAUUAUUUCUUGGAGAAUAUUUAAUGUGAUCAAUUGACUUGUAAUAAGGAGUUUUCAAAAGUCAGUUGGAACAAACUUUUGUACUUUGUCAUGUUUUUUGUGUAAAUUGACCUUUUUCAAAAGGUUCUUUUAAAUAAAAAAAAAGCCAACAAAAGAGCUCCACUAUGCCAAUCACUGGGAAUUUAAAUCAAGAAAAUUCACCUGAUGAGCCUGUGGGUGAAUAUGGGUUAGAUACCUCUCAGGUUACUGGACCUUCCACUGACCUAAUUCAAGCUUCAGACUGUUCUGGGGCUGAGGUUUCAAGUACCACUGUAGAUCUUGACCCAUCUAUUGAAUCAGCCCUAACUCAUUCUACUGAAGGUGCAACUACAUUGGAGCCUGUGCAGUCGACCUCAUCUAUCGACAUAUCAGACUCAUUAGAUGGCUUUAAGGAUGAGGUAUCAUUGCCUAGAGAUUCUGUUUCUAAGGCUAACAGCAGUGCCUCGGUGACAUCACAAGUCAGUAAAGGUUUUCAAGAUGCAUUUGCUGCUUUUGCUUCUGCUUCUUUCAGGAAUGAAGAAGAAGAAGUGCAGAUGGAUACCAACGAUGAGACCAAACUAGAAACUGUUGUGUCUGCAGCUGCCGACUCAGCUGGUACGGUUUCCAUGGAGCCACUUGUAUCCUCUGCUAUUGACUCUGGUUUAGUGACAACAACUGGAGAAGAGUCAUUGGUCAAGUCUGAGCAAGAGGGAGAGGUAGCUUUUGGGACUUUAGAUGCGCCAGUCAUGGAGCAGCCAGGAGAGGUUCAGAUGAAUGCAUUCUCAGAACCAGGUGCUGACUCCCAAUCAUUUGAAUGCAACGAACAAGCACAUGCUAUGGAAAAUGUUGCUGAGCCACAAGCAGAAUCAGCUGCUGCAACUGAUUCUGUUUAUUUCAUACAAAUGACUGAUGCCACUGGGCAAGUAGUCACCUCAAUCAUAGAUCCUAAUGAUAUUCCUUCCUAUGCUGACUCUGUUGUGUACAAACAGUGUAUGUUACCUAAUGGUGAGAUAGAGACCACUAUUGUAUAUCAAGGAGGGGUGCCGGUGACACAAGAGGAACAACAAACUGAGGAUCAGGUUACAGCUUCACAGGAAACCACGGAACAAGUGGAGCAGCAAAUUAUUUAUGUUCACGAUGCAAACGGUCAACUCACUCCGAUUGAUUCUGCUCAAUCAGCGAAUGAUGUGGCUCCGCUAGGCAAACAGUUUGUAUACAUGCAGGACUCAACAGGUCGUAUUAUUCGCACUAUUAUGGAUGCUAAUCAAACAAUGGUUCCAGGACAACAAGUUUAUUACACUCAGAGUGAAGAUGGUAGAAUAAUUACCUCUGUUAUGGAUUCUGCUACUGCUGGUGUCUCUGAUGAUGGUACCCAGCAAACUGUAGAUCAGCUUUACCAGCAGCAACAGACAGAGCAGGUUUAUCAACAGCAGUUGUUGGAGGAAGCCCAGCAGCAGGAUAAUGCCGCUGGCACCACCAAUACUGUUGGAUCCACAGGAGGUUUUAACAUAGACAAUAGUAUGAGUGGCCUCAGCAUGCUAGCGGAACUGUCGCAUCUCACAGCUGGUCAAGGUAGGUCUUUUAUUUUAUACACUUAUUUAUGGAUAAAUUUACUUGAAAGCUGAAUUGUAGAAUUUUUUAUUUUUUAAAACUAUUUUUGGGUUAUUUGUAAUGAAAAGAAAAAAGAUUAAUUGCAGUUUUCGUCCUGUCAAGUUUAUCAUGGGAUAUGUGUGUUUAAUUUAAUGAAUCUGAUCGUCCUCUCACACAUUUAAUAACUUAAUUAUAUAUAGAUUUAUUUAUAUCUAUAUAUAUUUAUAGCGAGAUGUUAAUACCCUUGUUGCAUAAAGACAUUCUAAUCUUCAAUAGCAGGGCUAACUAAACAAGUAUGAGUGGCAGCAUAAUCAUUAUUUACUACAUGCUUUUUUUUUUUUUUUUUUUUUUUUUUUUUUUUUUUUUUUUUUUUUUUUUUUUUUUUUUUUUUUUUUUUUUUUUUUUUUUUGUCUAAAAGAAUUUCUUUAAUAACUUCUUUUAAUAGCUCCGGCCACAGGUGUUGCAGUGGAACCAAGGACAUCAUCAAGCACUGAAAGUAACUCUGUUGAUAUGGAUGAAUUUCGUCCUGUUGCUAUGGUUACACGACGUGUUGAAGAUGGGGAUGGAAUCAGUGCUGACAUAGCAGGACUGAAAGUUGGUGAGGCAGAUUCGUAUAAUUUCGACCUGGACCAGGGGUCUUCUUUGUCACAGGAAGACAGUACUGGUGAGCCAGUAGUCUUUACAGCCCUUCACUCAUUUUAUGUGCAUGAAGAAUCAUACGAGCCAAGACAAUAAAAUAGGUUCUUAAUGAUACGCUUCUUAAGGAUUCGCUUUAGUUCAGUGUAAUAAAUCAUUUAAUUUUUACAUUGUGCUGUACUUAAAGGGCUGUGAAGACUUAGUCAUUGGUUCAUUUCUUUUUUAUUUUCUUCUUUAAAUACACUAUAGGUUACCUAGAUGACCUGCAAAUUUAUUUUUACACUUCAACUUUAAAAAAAAAUAUUAACAAAGAUAAAGUGGCCACAUUGAAAUAUAACAAAUUAAACUGACAGCAUUUCUGCAUUUGUUGAUUAAUGUUUGAUCAAAUUUUAUUAACAAGAAUGUCAUGUUGUAAAUGUUAAAAAGUUUAAUUUUUGGGUUAUGUAGGACAAGAAGAUUCUGUUGUUGGCAAAAUCUUAUCAGAGAUGAAAAGCGAGCAUCUGCCUGGGUACUCUGUGUCAAGGGACAACUUGUUUGUUCAAUGGCAAAAUCUGGAUGCCAUGUGCUGGAUGGAUGUUGUUCUCAUCAUGCUGGUCUAUUCACCAACACUUCGCCCACUUGUUAAUCUUGAACCAACUCAUGAACUAGCUUCUACAUUAUUGAUUACACUUCUUAAAGCCAACAGGCAGGCGCAGGUACUAAACCUGUCACUUUAAUGAAAGUUUAUUUAUUUAAAAAAAACAGAAAAAAUUCUAUGUAAUUGCAUAAACUUUCACAAAAAAUGUAUAAUUUUCUUAUGUUGACUGAUAUUUUAAUUUCAAAUAGUUUUAUACUGUUUGCCGCAAGGCGAAAUCGUUCAAAUGGUUAAACUUAAAUUUCCAAUAGUAGUUAAAAUUCAUAUCAAGCUUUAAUUUGCAUGUUUUCUGUAGGUUUUGCUCCAGAACUUGCUUAAGAAGAGCAAUGGAGCCGAGAUUAGUGGUCUACAAACAGGUGCUGGAAACACAGCAUCCUUGCAAGAUCCUAAAACUUCAAAGCUGGUUUGCAAAGAAAAUAUGGAUGAAAUAGGCAAAGCUAUCAACAUAUUGUAUGCAAUGAGGGAGAAAAUCUGGCAAGCUUUGCAACCAAGGUUAAGAUGUGAAAGAGGGAAACACAAUAGUCCUGUAUUAGUGCUGCCUUUACUAGUCAGAGAGAAACCUGCAAUCAAACAAAUGUUCACUAUGAAUUACAGAUAUGUUUUCAAGGUAAUUAAAACUAAUUAGCCUCUUAACUUUCAAUUUUAUGUGGCAUUGAGGAUAUAUCGAUUAACUCCACAAAAAUACGAGAAUUAAAUUUUUUGGAUCUUGAUAUCAUCUUACCACCAUACAUUUCCAUGCAUUACAUACCUUAAAAACACAUUAAUGGUGUCUUACCAUUUUAAUAUUUUACGUUAAAGUACCGUCANAAAAUAAGCCCCCCCCCCCAAACCCCCACCCCAUAACUAUUAUUAAAUAUAAUAUUUAUAAAAUAGACAAAUAUGACGUUAAAGGCAAUUAAAGGAAAUCACAGCAAAUGAGGUAGUUCAGCUGAACAUAGUAAUUACGCCUCCCACUGAAGAUAAAGGCAAACAGUGUAUCAAAUAGGGGUGUGCCGGAUCCGUUUUUUCCAACCGGAUCCGGAUUUUCUUAUGCGAAAUCCACCGGAUUCCGGAAUAAUCCGGAUUCCGGUUUCUCCCGGAUUUUGGUACUUCGCAGAUACCGGUAAAUCUGAGGGGUUGGAUGCCUUCUGAACAGUUGGCCUAAAUGGCUAAAUGACAUUGGCUGAUACGCAUUUUUAACAAUUGAGUGAAUGAUAAUAUAAAUCAAAAUAUGAAUUAAAAUUACGGUAAAUUUUAAAAACUGAGAUAAAUUUCUAUUGCGUUAGGUAAUCAAGUGGUAACCGACCAGCCAAUCAGAGAUAGCGCAAUGCUUGUGCUAUCACUUUUUUUGUUUACACGAGCACUCUAGUAUAAAUUUAUACCUCGUUGGAGGUCACUUAAUUGUUUCACUGUAAUUUGGCGCAUAAUAAGUUUCUAUGUUGUUGUUAUUAUUAUUAUGCUUGGUGAGGAGACAGCUCCGCAGGGCAGUACGGGUAAUCUAUAUCUCUGCACCAAUGACUAAUUGCUAAGCAGACUGACGUCAGGUCGAUCAGUGUGUGUCCCUAAAAGUAUUCAUAGAAAGGCUAGGUCAGCACAGGCCUGCUGGCUUGACGCAAUUUGAUUGUCGUCUGCCGUGCUCGAUAAGGUGGCGGGCUGGCGGCCAGGCGCUUUGGCAGUAUAGUUGCUUAUUAUUUCUGUUACAACGUCAUUGGUGAUUGCGGUUAAGAUGACGUCACGAAUAAUAAUUACUCAUCCCUGCACUAUCAUGUAUGGGAUUGGGCCGAUUGGCCACUAUUAGCGGUGCUGACUCUAGCCUCUGGUAUGUUCGGAAUAUUAAACAUUAAACAAGCUCAACGCUCGAAACAAUCGAUUAAUGUAUCUUGAUCGUGUGGAAUUCGGGAAAGAGAAUUACUUUUAUUUCAGAUUAUGAUCCGGUGAGUCACAAAAUCUGGCAAAUUCCGAAAUCUGGUAUAUUCCGGUUGUUCCGGAUAGUACAAAAUCCGGCAGAACCGGAUUUCACCGGAUAGUGCAAAAUCCGGCGGAUUGUUAUUUGGCUAAAUAUUGUUGUUUUGAUAUCUAUUUAGUUCAUUUGUGUUAACACAAAGCAACAGUUAGCCAAUAAUAAUAAAACAUGUGAUAUUUUUAUAGCCUUUGAAAAAUAAAAAGUUACCAUAUAUUUCUCCAAUUUUAAGGUUACCUUUUGCUCUUUUAGAGAUAUACAUAGGUGAUAAAUUUACGGUAUGAUUAAGUAUUGCAGUAUCUAUGCUUAAAUGUGCAUAAUACAUUCUGCCAAACCCCCUUCCCAUAUUCAGUGGUAGACAAAAUUUCCUAAAUCAACACCCUGAUGUUGCUUUGAAUGCAUACAUGAAUUUGAUAUGGUCAUUCUCUACCAUUUUGUAAUAUGUUUGUAUCAGUGGUCUUAUUAAACAAAUUCAUUUACAAAUUUUGUUACUUUUUAUUGAUAAAAAUAAUGUCCAAAUAAAUUCCUUAAAGACAUUUACAAUAUUUUUUAUGAGGACUCUUAUUGUAUAAAUAUUUUUAUUAACUAAUGCAAAAUGAAACAAAGGUAUCUUAAAUUUUAUAAUUUGCUUUCUUACUCAUGUUUACUAGCAUUAAUUUUAUUCUGUGAGAGCCCGAAUAAAUAGAAACCAUUUUAAUUUCCUUAAGUGUGAAAGAUGUGGCUACUCUCAGGAUGAUAGCCAUACAAAGAUUCUUCCUAGUAUUCCAGCAGUACCAGCAGAUUUCAACAUGAAAACUCCUAGCUUUGUUAGAAAUUGCUUUGAGUGCCAAGCUCCAAAUCAGAGGAUGCUUAUGAAAUUUGAAGGGUAAGGAAUUAAAAAUAUAUUCCACUUAAAAGUUCCUGCGCCUCAUAUUUAUAAAAAAUAAUUAAACAUCUUAAAGUACACUAUUGAAUUGUGUUGAAUCUAUUUUGUAAGAUUAAAGUUGAAAUUUAUUUUAUAAUUGUUUAUCUCUUUAUUACUACAGUCUGCAAGAUUUUGUACAGAUGCAUUUUGUAAAAGGUUUGCCUCACAACCGCUUUGAUGAACUCAGCUUUGAUUUCAAUGAUGACCACUAUGAAGUGACAGCUGUGGUUCAUUACAAAAACAACCCUGAUCAUUUUAUUGCAUGGGUCAGAAAUGCUCCAGGUAGGGAUGAUAUUACAUUUUGAAAAAAGGCCAUGCGACCUUCAAAUUAAAUUUUGAGUAUUACUGGCGUGGGGAUAUCAUUCACGAAUAUAGAAAAAAAAAACCCACUUAACUGACGAACUGUGGCAUGCAUUAUUCUGUGGUGUGGAGCUUUUCAGAGCGUUAUGAGUGCCAUUUGAAAUUGCAUUAAAUGACAUAGAAAUAUUGAUACAAGACCCCAAUCAGUAUAUAUUUUUAGAAAGGUAAAUGGAUGGGGGAUAAAGUUGCCCACCCCGUACAAAAUAUUUGCUCAGUGUCCUUGACCUUGUAGUUCUCUAGAAAAAAAUAUCGACACAAUGUCUUGCUUUCAAGUGCUCAUAACAUCAUUAAUUUUUAUAGAUACACUUAAAACACAAAUAUAAAUGUUGUAGCCAAUUCAUUUAUCUUUCAGAAAAUUUAUAGUUUGCUAAGGUUUUGAUUGCAAUUAAACCUCUGAAAGCAAUUUUAGUAAUUUAGGUCAUUUAUAUAAGAAACUGGGACCCCUGCUAAAACCAAGUACAAAAUGCAAAAUCUCAGGCAAAAUAGUUAUUAUUGACUAGUAAACAUUUAAAAGGGAACUGUGGAACUGAUUUGGGUUGUUUAACUAUAAAAUUUAUUAGUUCUGAACUAUAAUCUGUAGCUUCCGUGACUAAAAUUCAGUCAGUCCUUGCCCAACCUCUAACAGUAGCCUCAGUAGGCCUACUUCAGUAUCACUAAGACUAGUAUAAAAUUCACGAGAAGAAUAAUCUCAACUGAUAUCGUUAAAAUGUUAAAAUAAUCAUCAGUAUCACUUAAACCUCUCCUAAAAAGCUUUCAAAUAUAUUUCUAUUAGUUCUUGCACUGAUGGCCCAGCCAUAGCUUCAACCAUUUUAGCUUUAAAAAAAAACAGCGAUAUUAAACUCCGAUUAAAAGGUAUUUAUUUUUAAGUUAUCAAGAAACAGCUUGAACAGGAAGAUGAUUUAUUUUAUUAAUAAAAGUAAGUGGCUAUAAUUCCGGUUAAAUAUUGGAUUGGAAGUUGCUAUCGGACCGUGUUUUUUAACGGGCGAUUUUUUCGGUUGCCACAGUACAGAACGAGAAUGUCGGCUGACCACAGUUCGUGGGUUAAGAACGAUGCCCAGAUCCAGCUAUGAAUGAAAGAUACUGUUAUCAUUGGAGAAGUUUUUUUUUUACCUCUUGUAUAAUUUGCACUAACUAAGCCGGCCAUGUCUUUUAUAAUUGAGAACUGUGGUGGUAUAAGGUGCAUAAAUAAAUUGGACCAUUUUUCUUAUAGCUGUCUGCAAAUCAUUGUAUCACAGUUAGAAAAAGGGUACACACUCCUACGAAACUAUAAGUCAAUAUGAAUGAGGUUAGGUUAUUAGACUUAACUUAACAGAACCAAGGCUUUACCCAUUGUAGCAUCUAGUUAUUUUUUUACAUAUUAGGGUUCGUUAGUUAAAUUUUAAAAAAUACAUAGAUUGUGAAUAAAAUUUUUAAAAAAAUAUAGAUUGUGAAUUGAUUUUUAAUUAAUUUCCACAUAGGUUCACACAAAAGGUGCUAUCUAGGUUAUUUUACUAUCCUUUUAGAUUAAAAAUGGAUUUGCUAAAAAGAUAUAAAAGUCCCCAAAUUUACAUUUACCUUAGAAGUUAGGCCUAGUCAUUGAAGAUAAAAUCUAAAUUUUAACUAUGGAAUAAUGUCCCAAUUGUUUUAACUUUAUCAUAUAUUCUUUUACAAGCAUUACAAGUAAUAUAAUUAUCAGCAUUACUCGCUUUGGUUUUACAUUAGGAUGAUAUAAUGGUGUUAAAUUUCAUAAUGUUCUAGUAAUAAAUUGAAAAUUGCUGUAUUAAAUGCAAAAUUGAAAGCUCUUAAGCUCUUUAACUUGAGACCAUAGUUAAAUAACUAAUUUGCACUAACUAAGCCGGCCAUGUCUUUAAUAAUUGAGAACUAUGGUGGUAUAAGGUGCAUAAAUAAAUUGGACCAUUUUUCUUUUAAUUAGCUGUCUGCAAAUCAUUGUAUCACAGUUAGAAAAAGGGUACACACUCCUACAAUUGCUAUCUAGAUUAUUUUUUUUCUAAACUUUUAGAUUCUAUAAACAAAUUGAAAAUUGCUGUAAUACAUGCAAUACUGAAAGCUCUUAAAUUCAGACCAUAAGUUAAUAAUUAAUUUGCACUAAUUAAGCCGGCCAUGUCUUUACUACUGAAGAUAGAUAUACUGAAAUAAACAGUCUAAUACCUGUUUGUCCUCUAUCUUACUUACUUUGUUUACUCUUAAAGUGAACAGUUGUUUUGCAGACCUGUUUACUCUUAUGAUUUUGGCGUACAAUGUACCAUUUUGAGAUGUCUUUUACUAAUGUAUGCUAAGACUUGGCAGUACUAUGAUUUUAAGAGAUCCGGUUGAAAAUAUAUUCAUUCCGUUAUUUUUUUGCGAUUAAAAAUAUUACUUAAAUUGUACAUUUUCGGUUGUUAGUUUUAACUUGCAUUUUCAUUCUACGUCCAACAGUGAAUGGAUCGACAAAUAUGAUUGGUUGGGGACCAUCUAUAUUAUAUCAUAUUUGCCCUGGGAGGGUAAUGGAGUGGUGUUUAUUUAGGAGAUUUUGUGUGCGGGUGGGGGUCUAAAUAUUUUAGUCUAUAAAAUUAACACCGCCAUAUUUUGUAAUGAUAGGGAUGAUGGUCAUAUUGUUGCUUUGUGUUGUUAUAACAACUCGCAAAACACAGCUACUGUAAUAUUAACGUAGUGGCCCUUGAGACAAUUUCGUCAAACCGUGGUAAUCCAUAUACUACCUACUCAUUGAGGUGGGAACAAUGUCAUAGAUUUUUUUAGAUUUUACGUACACAUGCGUAUGACUGGGGGUGGGGGUGUCUCGAAAGAAAGUAUGCUCAAUAUUAAAAAACUCUACAAUAUUAUCCUGAAAAUUAAAAAAUAGCAUAUUUAUAUCUCGAAUGCUGUAAAAAUAUCAUGCAAUGUUUUGUAGGAAAAAUCUUCAUAAUAUUGUCAUGUAUUUUCACAAAUGUACAUGAUAAAUCUGCUCAGACAGUACUAAGUAGUAGAGGUAGUACAGUAAUAUUUAGUCCACCGUAUGUACAAUGUGCAUGUGACUUAUAUUUUAUAAGACUACGCCAGUGGUUCUUACUUCUACUAAGCUUUUCGUUUCCUAGCGCCUGUGCCUAAUUUAGGUUUUCACCAGGCUCCCUAUGUUAAAUUCUAACAAGUACACUUCGAAAUAGCGAAUACAUAAACAAAAUAAAAUAAAGGGUUGGGUAACAAUAAAUAUAACACAUUUAAAUCACUAACUGCCAUAUAGUAACUGCAAACAGUAGUUACUCAGUGGGUUACUGGUGGGAGUGGGGUAGAAAAUUGCUUCAGUGCUGUAAGACGUAAUUUUGUGACAAUUAUUUCAUGCGAGUCCAAAAACAGAAUUCUCAACUGUUCCGUACAGCAACAUAAGAUUUUGACAUAUUUAAUAGGAUCUGAGAGGGCCUCAGAAAUCUAUUAUAAGAACAUGCAAAACUGUUGUGCGCAAAACUGUUGUACGAUUUUAAAUACCCCCUCACCCUAUCACUCAUUUACAACUUGUGGUAGUUCUCGGACUGUACUAUGUUAAUGGGAAAUGGGAUAAUGAUAUUGAUUCUUUUUUAAAAACGGCUUUUCCUAAAAAAAAUGAAUCUAAAGUUACUUGUUUUUUUUUUAAAAAGUCGCCCUAAUUUGUUAAUUAAAUUAAUUCUUAUUUUAAUAAAUUUUAUUUUAUGCUGAAGUGACACUGAGUUAAAACCACGUUCAAUUUCAAUUGUCCUUUGGGUGUGUGUGUUUAUAAAUAUAUAUAUAUAUAUAUAUAUAAUAAUAAUAAUAAAGUUCAUUUCAAAAACACGCUUCAUCCCCAAAGGCUCGAAGCGCGGUACAAAGUCAACAAAAAACAAAUCUAUAAUUUACCACAUUUAAAACAAACGCAACACUACAAAAACUAAUUACAAGCAUACAAUGGCAAGUCUUUCUAGCUAUUUCAACCCCAAGCAACACAGCCAUUAUGCAUUAACUGUAAAAUAAGGUAGACAAUCAUCCCAGAAGGUGUUUGCGAAAUAGAUGUGUCUUUAAAUCGGUUUUAAAGGACUCCAGUGUCUGGUUGUUUCUGAGAUCGACAGGAAGGGCAUUCCAAAUUGUUGGAACAGCAAAUGCGAAAGUGCGCUUUCCGUAAGUCUCAAGGCAAACACGUGGUGUCGAGAGUUUGCCACUAUCGGAUGAGCGGAGCUCUCUAGUGGGUACAUAAGGUGUCAGCAGCUCUUUCAGAUAGGACGGCGCCCAGAUAGGACGGCGCCAGGUCAUGUAAGCAGCGGUAGCACAAAGUUGCGAUUUUGUACUCUAUGCGAGCACGCACCGGCAGCCAGUGCAACUCUCUCAGAAGUGUUUUUGCAUGGUCGAACUUGCGUUUGCGGAGAACAAUGCGAGCCGCAUUAUCUCUCAGAAGUGUUUUUGCAUGGUCGAGCUUGCGUUUGCGGAGAACAAUGCGAGCCACAUAUAUAUAUAUAUAUAUAUAUAUAUAUAUAUAUAUAUAUAUAUAUAUAUAUAUAUAUAUAUAUAUAUACAUACACACACACAUAUACACAUGCACAUUCACCAACAAUAAUACAAGACCUGAGUAAUAUAUUCUUACUUACAUUCGAAAAAUAAUUAAGAAAAUUUAUGGUCCAGAGAAUAGACUUUAAAUAAACAUUUUUUAUUUUAAUUCUUCUCUAUAAAAGCUCAGACCUUGCAAAAACAUUGUGAACUAAGAUUCUUAUAAAAAUAAUAAUUGGUAAUGUUUAAGUUAAAUUAAUUUAAAUACAUGGUAGUUAAGAAUAAUUAACAUCAAAUCCUUUUGAGGAGUAUUACUUAACAUACUGCACCAGCAGUUGAAACUCAAAAGAAUGACAUUGCUAGUAUUUUUAAAUUCAACAUCCAAGUCUUACUUUUUGUAAAAUUAAACAAGGCAAUUCAGUGAAACCUUGCUAUAAUGCGAUAAUUAGCAUAAUUAAAAUCAGAUUUCAUUAUAGAAGGGUCUGUUAAAGCAGGGAUUUCAAUAUUCCUAUGCUAAUAACAGUGAAAUUUUUAACAUAGAAAGAAAAAUGGUUUCCUUUAAAUAAGGGAUUUAUAAAUCGGGGUUAGAGAGCUAUGUCACGCUGAAGUAGGAAUAAUUAUAGUAGAUUUGUGAUUGUGUGGUACAAGAAUAUUGAUGUGUGGUUCGAGAGCAUAAAUUUUGUAUGCUAUUUUUUUGGUUUUGUACUUAAAUAAACAUGUGUAGUUUUGGGAGCUUUGCUGCGACUGUGUUAUGUCUAUAAGGGGCUCUACUGAAUAAGGCUUUUUUGUGUGACAUCAAUGUGGGAAUACUUAUUUACUUUACUUGUGCCUUUUGCCCCAUCGGUACAUAGGCUGUCUGCAAGAAUUUUCCAUUCAUUUUAGUCCUGUGCUUUCCUUCCCAGUUGCUUCCAAGUGUAUCCCAUUACUGUGUGUGUCUCUAGCUCGUAUCACAAUUAAUUCUUAUGCCUUUAUCUCCUUUUUCCUGUGGAUUCCUUGUUAGGAUUGUCUCCUGAUGUUAUCUGGGGGUUUGUGGAGGGUGUGCUAUAUCCACCUCCUUUUUUUCCUUAAGUCUUCAAUAGGCUCCUGGUAUGUCCUUUCUAGUAAGUCUUUAUUGGUGAUGGUGUUUGGCUAUUUGAUGUUCACAAUCUUUCUAGGGCAAUUGUUUAUGAAAGUCUGUACUUUCUGCAUAAUGCUUGCCUUGUUUCAAGUGUUAGCUCUCUAGAGUAAGACUGUCUUGACAUUUGUGUUGAUAAUUCUGACUUUGGUUUGUAGAAUCAGGUUCUUUUGACUCCCAUAUUUUCUUUAAUUGCACAAAAGCUGACCUAGCCUUUCCAAUUCUAGUCUUGACAUCUGCUUCGGAUCCACCAUUUAUGUCACAGCAAACCUGCCAGAAAGAAAUGCUCUUGGUUGGCUAAGUUUACCAUCAUGAUCUUUGUGUUGCUUUUAUUUAUAAAUGAGUCUGAGCUAUGCUGAAAUAGUGGCUACAUCUUUAGUCUUUUUCCUGCAUUUGUUGCUGAAUGAAUUCAAUGUGGGACUGUUGAAUUAUUUUUUUGCGUUUGUUUUUUUUUAUGCUUGAUUGAGUAAUUCUGUCUGGAGAUCCUAAGUUAUGGAUUAAAUAAUUGUUAUGGCAAGUAGUUGCUUGCAUUUAAUUUAAUAAUUUUUUUUCCCUAGGCUCUACAUGGAUGGAGUGUGAUGACCUCAAGUCUGUUAUUACUCGCUACUUGCAUGUAUCCCCUAACAUCCCAGCUGGCCAAGUACACAUGGUCAUGUGGGAGAGAAGGCUGACAUCACAGCAUACACUAGUCAUGCGGGAUACAGAGGAUACAAAGCUUCUUGCCUCUCUGGUGCUCACUGUGCAGCAGCCUAACACACAUCAGUCCACGGAUCCUGGUAAUCACUUAAAUAUUUACUAUUUUGGCUGAAAACUUUUACUUUUAUGCUUUAUAAUUAUCGUAGCUGUCAUUCAACACAAGUACUGAAAAGUAAUGCACUGGGAGUUACAAAUAAUUUUAACUUGAGAUUCAUAAUAAUACAUUUAAUUAAUAGUCAUACUUUUAUUUAAAUAUAAAAUGUAUAAUCUUCUAAGGCAAUAGAUGAGAUCCUUACAAUGUAUAAUUUUUACAUCAAUGCAGCUGCAAGACCAACAGGUGUACCAAGUGCUCCAUCGUUUCCAUCAGCAAGCACCCCACAAACAAGCUCUCUGUUGUCAGGACUUGGAACCCAAACACAAACCUUUACUCCUUACACACCAAGAGGCCGUGGCAGGGGAAGAGGAAGCAGGGGUUCAUAUGGUGGAAGAGGCAGGGGAGCAACUACUGCCAUGCCCGUAAGGCGGGCAACUCCAACCACCAUUACACAGAUUACACCUACAGGUACAACUACAUUACGAGCUCGCAGUUCCCCUCAGAUUGUCAGAUUGCCAAUGUCUGCUUUAACAGGCUCAACACUGAGGGGCGGGACCAUGCCAGGUGCAAGAUAUGUUCUCGUUGGUAACUCUCAAGCUGGUACGUCAGGCACAGGAAGUGGUGGAACUAGUAAAGUUGUGGUUGUAAGGUCCCAAGGAAGUACAAGCAACAUUACUGCCACUCAGCUUCUCCAGCUGCUACAGAGAACUGGUGCCCUUAAUCAGGCAGGAAGCAGAAUAACCACUACCACCUCCGGUUCUGGUACCUCUAGCACUUCCUACCUCGUCCAACCAGAUGGAACACUUGUUACAACAGGAGCACCCGAUUUAAUGGAAGCUUCCUCUCAGCAAACUACCGAACAAGCAAUGCAAGACCAGUCAGAUCCCUCCUUCCUAAAUUCUGAUGGGGUUGCAGAACAAAUACAAGAAUCUCCAGAGACUGAUCCAGAAAAAUAUGGGGAAGAAUCAUCUCAAGUCAGCACACAUGCUGAACACCAAAUAAGCACACUCCCCUUCCCAACACCAACGGCUACACCAAUCAAAGAACACCCAGAAACCAUCAUUGUCUCACCGGAUGCAGGAAUGUCUCCAACUGCAGCUUCAGAAGCUUUUAGCAGUGAAUCAGCUGUUAAAACCCUGUUGACACAGAACCAACAGCAGCCAAGCAGAUACAUACAGAUACCCAAUCCUUCAGGGGGAGGUGGAACUAUUUUGACUCAGCUUGUUAUGAGGGGAGGCAAAAUGGUUUUAGUGCCUGUGGAUAAAAACACUCAAGCUCAGGUUACUGGCACAUCGGUUCUAAAAUUACCCAACUCACCAUCAGGCUCACCAAAAAUAGCAAUUCGAGCUGGGGGAACAAAUCCUCAGAUUAUUUCAGCAUCUUCAGCUGGAGCUCUCCUGUCCCAGUUGCAGCAACAGCAGUCGCAGGGGAUUAUCUCCCUUUCACAGAUCUCGGGUAUCAGUACUGCUACUGUCAGCAAUGUAGGAGCCCAGCGACGCAUCACACUGCCAGCAGGUAAUGCUGCUGGGAAAAAGACAAUCCAAGUGAUUACUGUUCCACGUUCAGCAAAUGCAGCUCAGAUAAACCAGGCAGGCACAAAAACAAUUAUGAUGAGUUCCUCUAGCAGCCAGCAAACCACAACCACUCCCAGUGUAGGCAGCCCAAGACUUGCCACACCUGUGGAAACAACCACUAUUGAUGGUAGGAUUCUCUCACAGUCUGGAAACAUUGUCAUCCGAGAGCUGAAGCGAGGGGAGACCGAAACUGCACCAACCAUGACAACAUCACUGGGCAGCACUAGUCAGUUGACACCAACACCAGCAGUAUCCCUCCUUAGAGAUGUGUCUGCUAGAAGUUCAACGUCCUUGCUUACGACAUCCCCUACUAGUCAACAGCAGAAAUUGCAAGAAAGUUUUAGGUAGGUCUUAUAAAUAAUUACUACAAAAUUUGUCACAUUUUUUAAAAUUUAUAUCAAUUUACUAAUUUAAAAAUAUACAUUGCACUAACUAAGCCGGUCACAACCUUUUUAAUUGGGUGAGUGAUGGUAUACGGUGCAUACAUUAAGUAAAGCAUAUUUCUUUCUCACUAUUGAUAACUUAUUCAGCUGUGAUCUACGUAAAGGCUGCAGCUAAGUUAUUAUUGGAACAAAUACCCACCCUUUUUUAAAUUAAAUAUAUAAAUAAAAAUGUGAAUAUUUUCUGAAUUAUCAAAUGAAAAGUUAAAUUAUAUUUUGGAAAAUAAUCAAUUUUAAAAAAAAUUCCUUUUUUUAACCACACAGAUACAUCCUGCCUGGCUCAAGCACUACUCAUAUCCUUCACACAGGGGCCAGUGGGACCCAAGGAAAUAUUGGGAGCACAGGGAGAGCCUUUACGGCAUUGUCUGCAUCUGGAACAAUCAUCGGUGGCCAACUCACACCAUCUCCCACAACCUCAGCUAUCGGCACAUCUCCAAUGGACCAAGAUAUGGCAUUGGGUGACUCGGAUGACAGCAGCUCUGCCAUUCUCAUGCCUAAUCGACGACUUAUUAAGGAAAUGGAUACCACUGAAUACAUCCCUCUGGGGCGUGGGCGGGCUAAAACAAGAGGUGGUAGAGGUAGAGGAAGGGGAGGCAGGACGCCUAGAGGAAGAGGCCGUGCCCAAAUAUAUUCACCUGAUGCUGAUUAUAUGCCCCCAUUACAGAUUUCCAACCGUAAAAUAUCUACACUACCGGCCGAUCUGAGACAAAUAGGUGCUCAUGUAAUUGAGUCCAGUACCGAGUCUGUAGAUGGUGUACCUGUUGUCUCCAUUCCUGAACUACCUAAUUUGGAGUCGCAGCAAACUGAGGCUGAAAACUUUGAAUCGGCUCAAGUUGCUGAUGCUUUGGAGCCAAUUAUUCCUUCUUUGCCUGAUACUCAAGUUCAAUCUUGUGCAGAUGAAACUCAAGAAAAUCAGGUUCCUGAGUUAGCAAUGAGUCCUCAAGGUCCUCGUGUAAUCACACAACCUAUUCCUUCUAUCAAGGCCAAUCAUGGCUUUGAUAUUCUCACACAGGGAAUAUUAGGGGGAGCUGCUAACAGACCCCCUUCGCUGCCUCAGACUAAACAGGCUCGAAGUCUUUUGACAGGCUCUCCAGUUUCAAUAGCUCAUACUGCAUCUUCAGAUUCCACCACAAGUGUUACAACCAUCUUAGAUGCUUCCACCAUCUUAGAUACUUCUUCUCUCACAUCUGUAGCAUCAAAAACACAGCAAACCUUGUCUUUGGGUCAAUCUGUCAGUCAAGCUGAGAUUGACACCUUAAUUCAAGCUGCUCAGGCCGCAGCAAAGCCCGGCAAACCUGCUGUAACGUCAUCCAUGGUCACUACCACAAGCGUUAUUACUCAAAACAAGUCCACUGUUAGCAUCCUCCCAAUGACCAGCCUGGAUAUGAUGAGCCCACUGAAAAAGGAAAGUGUUUUUGGUUUGGAAGAUUUUGUAAGCAAAACUGAGGAAAGUGGUGAAUUGGAUGAUCAGAUAAUUGAAGAACACAAAACAUCUUCACAGGAAUUAGAUAGCAAAUACAAACAGGAGGAAGAAAGCAUUGAAAGCGAGCAAAGGAUUAUGAGUGUUGAUGAAAGCCAGGUGAGUGCAGCUGAAAGGUACAGAAUGCCAGUGGAACUCUUUCAACCAGAUGAUGAAUCUCCCGAAAAACCUUUUUUAAGGUCUGAGGAAUGUUUAACCAAGCUUGGAGUUGAGCUGCCUUCUAAACUCUUUCAGGAUUCAGAGGUAAGCUCACAAGAUGAAGAGAUUGCAGUGACUCCCGUUGUUUCACAGAAAGGGGCUGCUCGACACAAAACUAUUAAUGAAAUAGAAAUGGACAAACGGGCAUCUCGUUUAGGGGCUGAAACAGCUGCCAUCGCAACAAAAAAAUUACACCAGAAAAUCAGUACAAAAGCAAUAUUUGGUUUGGAGCCUGAAGACACUGUUAGUGCAGACAUUGAUAUUGAGACAGCUGAAGAUUUGGUAAGUGUUUCAAAACCCAAAAAAGUUUCAGCAACCGAUAAAAAACAGAAGCACCAAAACAGCAGCAGUAAAAAAAUAAAGAAAAAAUCCAGCAACUCCCAAGAAGCUUUAAAAUCAGAUGACUUGAACUUGGAAACUUGUACCAAUGUUUCCUCUCUGGAUGAGAAAAUUGCACAGAUUAUCUCUAGUCCCAAAGUAGAAUCUAAUGCGAGAAAAACCCCAGCUAACAUUGUCAAACCCAAAACAAGCAUAGGUGGCUUUGCCACAGAUCUACUAAUGGAGUCAGAAAAAGAAGAAAUGCUUAAUCUUGAGAAGGAAGUAGAGACAGAAUGUGCACAAGAAAUUAAAAAACAAAUGGAGGAGAAACUGUCAAUUGAAAGUGGAUCUGCUGCUAUUGCAGACUCAAUAAAAUUGAAUGAAAAAGUCUUAGCAGAUGAAUGUAUGGUUACUCUGGAAGAUAACAAGGAAAAUGAUAUUAAUGAUGCUGAGAUGGCCUCAAAAGAGGUAGAAAAACCUAUUAAUGUAAAAGUGGUAAGGAAACGUUUAAUUUACCCACCAGCAUUUGUGCGACAUAAGAGGCACAAGGCUGACUGGAGUGUUCAAUUGGAAGAGGAUUCGACUGAAAAUGUAUUACCAGAACAAACGUUCAACUACCGUGUUCUGCAAGGCAUACUGAGACCAUCGCAUCGGCACCCAUCAUUAGACCCUUCACAAGAAUUGUAUAUUACCUUCCCUACCCCAUUACCUCACAUUAGCUCUAAAAAAAACAUGCUGCCUGUCCAGCCUGCAGUAGUCAAGCGUCGUAAUCGUAAAGAUCUUCAAAGGCCUCAAGUUGAUCCAUCUAAAGAACCAACUGUUAUUCCUCUGGUUCCAGAAGAUGAAGGUGACCCAGCUUGUACAGGAGGUUCUGUUGUGACUAGUCCCAUUAAUGGGGAGAUAUUUUGUGGUGUAAUUUUGAAAAAAAAAUUGGAAACUGCUGACUGGAGCAGCUCUGUUGAAGAAGGGGAAGAGGAAGAAAUUUUUGAGGAGGGGGUAGACAUAAAAUCUUUACAGCAUGAAUAUUGUGAGCAGUUGCGAACAGUGUACUUUAUGGAGGCUGGAGAUUUGAGCAUGUUGGAAGAGAGCUGGAAUAGUAAUGAGGAUUACGAGGAUGUUGAUUCGGAAAAGAUGUCGAUUAAAGAUGAAGACACUGGUGAAGAAGAUAUCUCACUUCAGGUGGAGAAAAAUACAGUGUCUGAUCAAGUCAUGGAACAACCAUUAGAAAUUCCUCAAGUCUUUGAGCCUUCUCAAGAGGCUAAAAAUGAUUCCAUUAACAAUGUUAGUGUGGUAACACAACAGACUCCAAUUGAGCAAACCCCUGUUCUCAAGAAGAAACGUGGAAGACCCAAGAAAGUCUCGACACCCAAUGUUCAGCCCACUCAAGCACAGGAAUCAACAGGUGAAAAGCAAACUUCAUUUCAAGAGACCCGAGAUGAUCACACAUCUGGCGGUUCCCAGGAUGGGGAAGCUGGAGAUGUUUCCUCAAAAUCCACUCCAUCUCGACUCAAUGGUAUUGAAACUGAAUUGCCAGCUCAGUCUCAGUCAGGAACCAAAACAGAUAUCAUUAUCCCUCAAAGAGACUCAGUGGCAGCACCAUCUUUUCCAUCUCCCUCACGGCGUUCAGGUCGGACACCCAUCCCUUCAAAACGUGUGUUAGAUGCUCUGGAGGAUAGCCCUGCGCGUGUCUUGCUGAAGAGCAGAAGAACUUCAUUUGUUAGCUCUGAUGAUGAGCAUUCCAGCUCGAGUAAUGGGGAAAAUGUUGUGAAAAAACUGAAAAAACAGAGUGUUGUCCCCACAUAGCACUGUGUUAUGUUUGAUCUUGUUAUGUAAUUUUACUACAAUACCAAUACUGUAACCUGUUCCUUACUUAGUGGUGUUUGGAUAUGUCAAUGUAAUUAUUUGGCUCCUUUGGAAAUUUUAACAGUUCUAAAAAUGUUAAUGGCUCAUGCUCAAAUGUGCUCUUACCUCCCAUUGGAUUUGGGCAUCAAAGUCAAAGCUAUGUACCUAAAGUAAUGGUACUUAAAAUACCAUAUCGUGAACACGUAUAUGAGUUGUCAACAGGGUAUAGCCCAAGUAGCCAACUGUAAAUUAAAAUGAAGUAAGUUUUGGCAGUUUUAGUUGGAAAUUGGUCUCUAAACGGAGGAAAGAGUACUCCUGGUUGACUCAUAUUUUUACUCAUAUGUAAGUGCUUGUGAAUAGGGACUGAGUUUGAAAAUGAUGGAAGAACAAUUCCAAUAAAGAUUUUUAAAAAUGGCACCAAGUAACAGUUAAGCAGUAUUUUGUUAAGAAAUUUCAACAGCUAACCUAUUCCCUGUAUUGGAAAGGUGCGCUGUCAACUGAAGGGGUGGUCUGAUGGAGCUUUCAGGGAAUUCCACUUUUGCUGAAACUACACGUUCCUAAAAAAUUUGAAACCUCGUACACAAUGGGCAGAAAUGUUCCACACUACAGCAUUCAGGCCGGCAUACCUGGUCCGUCAGAGUUGUCCAACCUGUAAGACAGUACAAAAAACUCCUCAGUCCUUACAAAGUUUCAAGAAUGGUCGUCUUUGACUGAGGGUGAAUGCAGAAACUACUGGAGAGUGUGGUUCUCUAUUAAAAAAAGUUCUUGUCAGCAGACUUAUCCCCGGUAUACUUCAAAAACUGCAAAAUUUCAUAACAACAGAAUGCAUAGCUGUGUUAAUUGGUGCCAUCUGAUUAAAUCUAUCUUGCCAUUGUCUUACUACCUACUAAAACUCUGUCCUUAUUCACAACCUACUGAUGAGUGAAAACUAUGAAUAUGAUUUCUGACAACUGCCAAACAUGUCUUCGUUAAGACUAUUGUGAACAUGUGACAAUUGGAGAUAUGCACCUUUGGAAAACCCACAUACUUGUUCAUAUGUUGGAGUUUCAGUACUGUCACUUUUUGUGCAUGCUGUAGUUGUUAUUCUGGUUAGGUUGAGUUGAAAUUGGAUUUUUAAUUUAUUCAGAAUUUUUUUAAAAUGUUGAAUAGAUUACUAUGGUUUCAUAAAAGUUGGUAUAUACAUUGAUAUACAUCUGUUUAUGUUUUUUUGCUUAGUUUUCUAUACUCAUGUAACUAUUCUUGUUUGUCAUACAUUGUACAUCUCCUGUACAUAUUGUUGCAAAAAAAUAUAAAUAAAAUCACACUGCACUACAUGGCUCUCUUCAGAUGACCAACUAAUAACAUUUUUUUUUUUUGCCACUCGCUACUAACAGCCAAAUUAUAAUUUUUUAAGAACAGAAUUCAAUUUUGAUUUACUGCAUUUUUUCAAUUUAUUUAACACAUUUCAAAUGUAUUCCACUCAAAUUAAACUUUGGUUGUUAUAACAUUGAAUUAUAAAUAAAUGUUUUCU